UUUAGUCAACGUUGCAAAGAUUGCUCUAUUUAUGGCUAAACCAUUCUCAGUUCCUCUUUUUUGGAUCUUCAGUCAUACUCUUUGACCCUAAUUAGUUGUACUUAUUAUAUAAAGUUCUACUUAAUUAAACUAUUUAGUUAUAUUUAAGCAAAAGAUAAACAGUGAAAUGAAUUUUACAAAAUUGUUAUAGAUUUUCUUAUUUGUUUUGUUUCAUGCCAAUUAUUGUGCCUAGAUUUUAUUACUAAUAAGUGAAGAAAAGGAGAGGUGAUAGAAAGCAUUAAAAGAGUUUACAAACAUUCAAAAGUUUCCCUCGCAAAGACAAAAAGAAAAAACGCAUGUUGUAGAUCGAAGUCGAAAGAACAUUAUGUUUCUCUCGUGAUUCUCAUUAAUACAUUCCUCUCUCUCUCUCUCUCUCUCUUUGUCUCUCUGUCUCUUCAAUCCUUUAUUUAUAAAUCUCAUUCUCUCUCUCUCUCUUCUUCAAUUCAUUUAUCUUCUCUUUUGAGUUUGAAUUCUCCAAUGGAUGGCGGAGCAGGUUGCAUGCGGAUCAGGCUUCCAUCGCCACGGAGAGCCAUGUCUCGGUUGUUUAACUCAAAGGAGAAGAUCAAAGAGAAGAAGAAGGCUAUUGUGGAAAGCCGUAUGAGAGACUAUGGUGACUCGGUGAGGAUCAAAAACUUAUCGGAGGUUGAUCGUCAUGGAGUUGGCCAAUCUACAGAUUCGUCUCCAAGCACGAUCAAUUCAGAAAUGAAAGGAAGGGAGCUUUUGUUUAACAUUGGAGUGAGCUGUUAUCUCCUACAUCUUAUUAGUACUGGUAGAGAAGAGAUUCACAAGAUAGUGGAUCUAAGGAACGAUCUAGAGAAGCUUCUUGAAUGUCAAAACGAUGAAAUGAGGCAAAAACAUCAAGAGUUUAUUAAGAUACGCGACAAUAUAGAGAAACUACUAGAGUUUCACAAUGAUGAGUUGCGGCGAAAACAAGAGCAUUGUGAAACCUCAAGUGAAGUUGUGGACGGUCCAGAAUCUUCUACUGAUCACUAUCACUCCCCACAGUUCUUGGAUACAUCUUUGAUGGAACGUGAAGGUUCUUUGAAACAUUAUGUAUACAAGGAAGAGGAAGAAGAUUUUGGAGAAGGAAUGGAUCAGCUUGAAGCGGAACUCGAAGCUGAGUUUGAGCUUCUUCAGAUUGGUCAGGACCACGAGAGUAACUAUUCUAAACAGUUGGUUUGUGAAGAUUCAGAAGAAAUGAGGUUCAGAUACAUGUCUUCACUAGUGGAGGAACAACAAGGAGUGUGUCCUUAUGAGCUGGAGAGAAGGCUACACGAGCUCAUGGAGACAAGACAAGAAGAGGAGAUAAAUGAGCUGCAGAGUGCUUUGGAAAAUGCUAAGAAAAGGCUUCAUGUGAAGGAGGCUGAGGCAUCUUGGUGGAAAGACACUGCUUAUAUAGUCUCUGAACAUAUUCCAAAACCUUCUAGAAUCACUUCCAACUCUCAAACUCGUUGUUACUCUCUCUCUAGGUAAAAAAGUCGAUGUUCAAAGUUAUGAGUGUAUGUAAUCUUGUGAAGAAGUUGAAUGCUUAAUUAAUGGUUUUGCCUUUGUAUUUUCAAUUCAUUACAGUUUGGUAUAAAUAAUGUUUCAUCAAAAUACAAA